ACGUUUGUAAAAUAUGAUUUUUCGCAAACUGUGCCGCCACACAAUUACUUUCAGUAGAAGAUCCAUCCUCAUUGUCACUUUCUUUAUUUUUCCAUUAAUUUAUACCUUGUUUAGACAAACAAAAAGUGAUACUUUAAUACAAAAAGAAAAACCGCCACUAUCACUUUUAUUUGAAACUACCACAUCAAAUGCCGUGCUUAGUAAAAGUGAGUUGCAUAUAAAGCUAUUACGAGCAAAAGUUGAACGUCUUGCAUCAAAAGUAAAAUCGAGAGCAAUUGUUUUCAACAACAAAGCAUUGAAUCCAAACUAUAAUACACACAUCUUUUAUUAUGGUUGGUAUGGUAACACACCAGUGGACGGAUAUUACAAGCAUUGGAAUCACACUUACCUACCUCAGUGGGAGCAAGAUGGGAAGAUAUACCCCAAAGGGUCACACUCUCCUAUACUUGAUAUUGGUUCAAAUUUUUAUCCUUCCCUCGGUUGUUACAGUUCACAGGACCCGAAAGUGAUCGAAAUGCAUAUGAAGCAGUUACGUGAAGCUGGUGUAGGUGUGAUUGUAAUAUCGUGGACACCGCCAAAUUACACCGACUCACCGUCGACCAUAUUACCACUCUUGUUUCAAUAUGCAAAAUUAUACGAAAUAAAAAUAGCUCUCCACAUCGAGCCUUACUUUAAUCGAAAUCCUAUCAACUUAAUACACCACCUUCACCCAUUUCUUAGUCAAUAUGGUAAUAACGUGGCUUUGUAUAGAAUGAAAAAGGGUAACAGACAUUUACCCGUGUUUUAUAUAUACGACUCUUAUUUAACACCCGCAAUAUCUUGGAUGGAAAUAUUAACUCCAGAAGGAGCAUUUAGCGUGCGAGGUGGGAGAAUGGAUGCAAUAUUUCUAGGAUUAUUAGUCGAUAUACAACAUCGUUACCACAUCAAAAAAUCACAUUUCGAUGGGUUUUACACGUACUUCGCGGCGAACAGUUUUAGUUACGGAAGCACGUGGAAAAAUUGGAAAACCCUCGCCAAAUUUGCCAAGCAAAACGAAUUGAUUUUCAUCCCCUCGGUUGGACCCGGCUACGAAGAUACGCAAGUGAGACCGUGGAACACGAAGAAUAUAAGACAACGGAGGCAAGGACAAUACUACGAUGUCGCUUGGAGGAGUGCCAUCAAUAGCAAUGUAAAAUACAUUUCAAUUACGAGCUUUAAUGAAUGGCACGAAGGUACACAGAUUGAGCCCGCAAUUCCUAUGAAAACAUCUAGAUUUACUUAUUUAGACUAUGAACCGAUGGGUUCGUAUUUUUAUUUAAAUUUAACUAAGUGGUGGAACGAACAAUUUACUAAAACUCUGCUAAAGUACUAGCAAUAAAAAUGUAUUUAUAAAUGCAUUUGUGAUUAGUUUGCUAUGAAU